UAAAUGAGUAUAUUAUUUGAAGAAUAGUUAUUAAGUCACAAUAAGGAAAUUGAAAUAUCAAUGAAAAUUCUAUUGUAGCUAGAGGAAUACACAGAAUAGGAGAAUAUUAUGCAAAUUGGAAGACUGUUACUAUCAUAAUCACAAAUAAUUAAAGAAUAAUAAGCCGCUCUAAGUGAUGUAGAAACACUCUGCAAGGACUUACAAGAAUAAAUAGAUAGCCUAUGCAUUCAUAAAUAGUAAUUAAUAAUUGAGAAUCAUAAGUAUAGCUCACAAAUAUAUGAAUUAUAAAACAAUUAUAAUUCCAUAUAGAAAGAGCUAGAUUCUGAGAAAUAUCAUAGUUAACACCUCUCAUAAUUAGAGUCUCAUAUUAAAACAUUAGAAUUAGAAUUAGAUUCCUUAAACAAUCAUAAUGCAUGGUUAAUGCAAGAGAAUAAGAGAUUAAAUGAAAACAAUUAAUAGUUAUUAAAGAUUAUUGAUGAUCAUGAAGCAUUGAUACAAAGGAUGAGCAAUGAUUAAAAACAACUUGAUUGUUUAAAAUAAGAAGUGCAAAACUAGAUUCAUACUAACAAAGUAAUAGCGUAAUCACAUGACAUAUUAGUAGAAUAAAUGAAAUAAAAAAUUAUAGAAUAUGAACUUAAAUUAGAUUUCUUUCAACAGCAAUAACAAAGCACGCUUUAAAGCAGAAUGUCAUUCUCUUUAGUGGAGGAUUUUGUAAAUCAAGAGGAUUUAUAUUAGAAAGUGAAUGAAACCAUACAAUCUGAGUUUCAAAGUAUAAUUUAGAAUACAGAUAAUGCUGAAACCAAUAAUACAGAAUAAGUUGAUGAAUUUACUUAUUUUAAAAAAGAGUAUUGUGGGUUGAAAGAUAAUCGAUAUAUUAAGGAAAUUAUAAAAAAGGAUAGGGAAAAUAUGAAAAAAGAUUAUAUCUUUUGUUUUAGUGAUUACAUAUUCAGAAUUAAUAUUAGAGGAGAGAAAUCUAAGAGGAUUAUGUUUAUCACUGAAAGUACUUUUUAUUUUUUUGAAGAACAUAAUUAAAACAUCAAAAUUACUAGGUAAUUCCCUAUUUCUAAGGUGUAAUAAUUAAUAUGUUGUGAGUUUAAUCCUAUUCUGUGUUGUUUGAAAAUUAAGGGGUAAAAUGAUGAUUAUUUGAUUGAAACCUUUAAACUAAAGGAUUUCAUUGAAUUCUUAAACGAAACUCUUAAUUCUCAAAUUUAAAUAUCUUACUAACAGAAUUUUCUGAUUCAAUUUAAAAAUUACACAAAUCCUAAAAAUCUUAAUGAGAUUGGUAAUGGAUUAUAUGAUGGAAGUGGAAAGUAGGCAGCUUUCAAAGUGUCUUAAAAGUAAGGGUUCUUGCAAAUGCAAUAGAAAACACUCUUUGGCUUUUAAGAUUGGAUUGAAGUAUUUGCAUUAAUGACAGACGUGGGAUUAUUAUUAUUUAAGUAAGCUGGUGAUAUGCAUCCAAUCCUAUUCGUUCCAUGUGCAGAUGCAAUAAUUAUAAAAAACCCAUUGAAGUGUAAGCCGAACUGUCUUAAGAUAAAAUAUCGAGAUUGCGAAUACGUUUUUAAUGUGACUUCAUAAGCAUUGUUAGAAGAAUGGUUUCAAGAGUUGAAUCGACAAGUAGUUAGUUAGCAUAAAUUACAGCUAUCUUAAUCAUUGAGGAAUCUUUGA